GGUUUCAAAUCCGGAGCUACUCCUACUCUCACUCUCUCUCGUGUCGUGUGGCGGUUUCGUCGUUAUUCGAAGAGAGAGAGAGAGAGAGAGAGAGAGAGAAAAUCUGUGACUCCGCAACGGUUGUGGCUCUGUUUCUUACCUAACAAAAAGGAAGUUGGGUUUCAAGUUUUCACGGGAAAAAACAUGGCGAGUUCAGUGGACAAGGAGACUCAGAGUGGUCCCAACGACGACGUCGUCUCCGUUGAGCUCCCUGCUCCUCCUUCUUGGAAGAAAUUGUUCAUGCCAAAGAAAGGAGGUACACCAAAGAGGAAUGAGAUUGUAUUCAUUGCUCCAACAGGGGAGGAGAUCAACAACAAGAAGCAGCUGGACCAGUACCUAAAAUCACACCCAGGUAAUCCUGCAAUAUCUGAGUUUGAUUGGGGCACUGGUGACACUCCAAGAAGAUCAGGGAGGAUAAGUGCAAAGGCAAAGGCAACGCCAACGUCGGCUGAGAAUGAGACACCAAAGAAACGUGGCCGUAAGUCAUCAGGUUCUAAGAAAGAUGUCAAGGAGACAGAAAACACCGCUGGAGAUUCUGAGGGUAAUAAAGAUGUUGAAAUGCAAGAUGAGGUCGUCAAUGAGAAAGUCACAGAAGAAGAAAAAGAAGAUGGUGGAAAGGAUGUUGAAAUUGAAAUGCAAGAAACUAUUGUGAAAAAAGAUGUUGAGAUGCAGGGUGAUGCCCAGGAAACCAAGCACGGUGAAGGAGAGUUGAAUACGGAGAACAAAGAAAAAGAUGAAGCUGGUGGGAGUGAAGUGAUGAAUGAAGACAAACAGGUUUUGGAAAAAGCGGGGAAGCUGCAGAAUGAAGUGGAAACGGGUAAUGGUGACAGUGUUGUGAAACUGGACAAGCAUGCAGGGGAACCUGAAGAGAGAGAGAAAUUCAGUGGUGUUGCAGUUGCAUCUGGAGGGGAAACUGAAGAAAUCGGGAUGUGCAUUGGUAUUGCAAUUGCAUCUGAAGGGGAAACUGAAGAGAAACAAGAAAUGGAGGAGAAAGAUGGAAAAAGUAACGUCCUGGUGGAGGAAAAAGGGAUGAAAGUUGAAGGGGAGGUCAUGGAGAAUGGCAAGGUUAACCAGCCUGAGCGAAAUGAUGUGCCACACCAUCCAAACCCCUCACCUAUUAGCUGCUAAACUUGUGCACUUUUAGUAACAUCAAUUAUUCCACUCUUACCUCUUUCAAACCUUUUGUUGUAUUGCUUCUAUGACUGUAUUAUUAGAUGUAAUGCUAGAUUUGACCGGUCGUAAGUGAAACCUGUGACCUAGGAGUAGUUUUUGUGGACGUAUUGUUGACUUCUUCUCGUACUUGUCUGUUGGGUACUUUCCUAAAUUUGUUAGUUGUUUUGUUGAAACUGAAGUUCUAAUGAAUACGAUCGAGAACUAGCUCAACUUUGACUGUC